CGCCGUUCUUCACGUGAGUAAGUAUCGUUUUGCGGAGGGUGUAUUUCAACGAGAUUAUUAACGUUAUCAAUAAUUUCAUAAUAUAUGUCGUGAGAUUAACAAAAUUCAAUAAUUGAUUCUGUAUAAAAUACGUUUCGACGAAAGCCCGUUUAUCAAAGAUUAGGAACGUACGUCAGGUUACAGCAUAAUUUACAGGCUUCAGCCUCACGCAGAUAUCAGAGCUAAGCUGAUAGCGACCUAGAAAAGCUUGCAUGGUUUGAGUACUAUCGCAUCACGAAGCAAGCGGUCGUGGAUGUACGCGGAGUGCGCACGAAUCCUCUAUUUGAUAAACCAGCAUAAACAAUAAUUAUUACGGGUGAAAUCACAACAUUCCAAGCACUAUAUUUAUUCUUUACUCUGAAAAAGACUUUGAUAUAACGAGACUGUGUAUAGGCAGAAAUCAUGGAAUCGGAAGCGAGAAAUCAAAAUAACGAUUAUAACAAGUUCUUCUACGCGACCAUGUGUCACGUUUGCAAGUGGUUUGGCGAUGGCGUUCGUUUGCCGAGAUGCGGUAACUGCAGGAUGAUCGCCUAUUGUGGUCAGGAACAUCAGAAGCAGCACUGGAAGCAGCACAAACCUUUGUGCAAAGCCAUACAGGACGUGCUGCUGGAACCCGACUUUAAUGAUCGCGGUAAAGAUUCAGAGGAUUGUGACGAGAGGAAGCUGAUCUUCAUGAUGCUGGUGUCGCGCAAGCUGGGCCGUCAUCUGAAGAAGGACGAGACAGAAAUGUUCAAAUUUCCAAAGGAGUGCCUAAUUUGCCAUGAAAAGAACGAUGAGUUGUUGGAGGUUUGUCAGAUGUGUGCUGCCAGCUUUUGUAAAAAUCACAAAGACGACACUGAGCACGGGGACAUCUGCGCUGCCCUGGAACUAAGUCUUUCCAUAGGUUUAUUUUCUAUAGUAGAGGAAAACAAACCUUCGGAUGUUGACUUUCAACAUAUUUCUUGCACGAGUACAUUUCAGAACAUGAAAGACUUUGUAAAGACUUUUGGGAAUAUUCCGACUUUUGAAAAUAUUCAGACAAUGUCUUCGACUGACUCGGAAAUAUUGUACAAUAUCUUGGCAGCUAAUCAGUCAGAAUAUCUGACGCGUCCCUUGACGCUGUUUAAUGCUGUACGAUUAUUAAACUAUGUCCCAAAAAGCAACGAUUUAGUCGUUCAUGUUAUAGGUGCGACGUGCGUCGAAGAAACAACCUUGACCGGGUGGAAAGUUUUGGCGCGUUUAAUAGGGACCGAGAUGUCAGUGGUACUUAUAUUGAUAGGACCGGAAUUAACACGUAAAUUAAAUCCGUCACAUACUUGCGAAUCUUGCGAUAACUGUAUGUCACGGGAGAAAAAAUGUUUGACGCUUGAGUCUCACGAUGUGUUAUAUGAGGACUAUGUACGCAGCUCGUCAUUCGUAGAACCGGACUUGGUUGUAGGAUUUAAUCUGAAUAUUCACGAGCAUGAACUUGGGUCCAGUGAGGAAACGUGGGCGCCGUCCAUACGGAUGCUAGCGAAGCAAAAUUGUCCGUUCGUCUUAACGUCUGUCACGCUUCAGGACUUCGAGAAGGAGACCGACAGAAUAAAUACAAUUUUGGGUAGACAAGUAGAUUACAUCUAUAAAGAAAAGAAUCCAUUCGCUAGUCUCAGACCGCAUAGAGUCCUCGGGCCGGAGCGCGUGUAUUAUGAGAAUCAAUAUCUGGCUAUCUACCGAAAUCUUUGUUCGUAAAACUGUUAUGCGUAAUUUAAGCGACCGAUACAAACUAAAUGCUGCGUUUUAUGCUGAAGAAAACGUAUCGCGUGCGAAAUGACGCAUACGAAUUAACUGAACUUAACGUUUAAUAAAUGUAACGAAAAGAAUGCGGGUAGAAAUAAUUGUAUGUACCACAUCUGCGAAUCGCGACGUGUCUUCUUAAAAAUGUCUGCUUAUAUUUUUAUAAUCUAAAAAUCCUAGAGCACAUUAUCUACUUGUAGAGUCGAUUGUCUUACAUCGAGCAUAAUUGAUUGUAGAUACAGCGAUUAUAGAUAUAACAGGACACAUGGCUGCGGUAAUGUAAAAUAUUAAAUACAAUGGUUGUUGGUUUCAGUUCUGUUUGUAAUGAAGACAUACUUUUCAAUAAUUUUUUGUA